UCAUAUAAGUACCUCACAUGACUUGGAGCAUCUCCACUCGUCUCCUUCACACCCUCAUCUCCCAAACACCUGAAACCCACAAUGCCUUUUCCUCUUCAAACCCUACCGUCACUCCUCUUCUCCUUCCGUAUCUGAAUCUCUCAAGAUGUCGACCACUGCUUCUCCUUCGACGGUGAUCGAACACGUUUUGCUCUUCAAAAUCAAGGACAACACAGACCCUUCCAAGGUCAACGCAAUGUUCACAGGACUCAACGGCCUUAUUUCGCUCGAUGAGGUACGCCAUCUCACUGCCGGUCCUCUCGUCCGUAUCCGAUCCCCGCUCUCCAAUUUCACUCACAUGCUCCACAGUCGCUACUACUCCAAAGAGGACCUCUCCGCCUAUUCUACUCAUCCAAGCCAUCUUGGUUUGGUUAGGGAAAAUGCCCCGAUAAUCGAUGACAUCUUGGCAGUCGAUUGGGUGGUGCCGGAUUUCCAGGGCCUUAUGGUCCCUCCGGCGGGGUCUGCCAUUCGCGUGACUUUCUUGAAAUUGAAGGAGAAUGUUGCGGAGGAAGGGAAGAACGAGGUGUUGGAAGUGAUUAAGGAGAGUAUUGGGGGUAUGGAUCAGAUCACUUUUGGUGAGAACUUCUCGCUGGCGAGAGCAAAGGGGUUUUCGAUUGCUUCGCUUGAGGUUUUCCCUGGAUUGACCGAAAUGGAAGGCGUCGAUUCCAAGGAGGAGCUGGUGAAUUUGAACAAAGAAAAGGUUAGGGAUUAUUUAGAGGACGUGAUUGUGGUUGAUUACGUGGUUCCAUCCUCACAGCCUGCUAGUCUUUGAGUAUGAUCAAGCUCUCUUUCAGCUAUGGCUUUGCAGCCAAGGAAAAGAUAAGAUAAGAUUGAGACGGAGAGGUUUACCCUUCCCUCAUCCUUCAUCUUCUCUUAGCAGCAUACUGUGACCUUUUCAAGAAAGAAUACUCAUUGCCCUAUAAAGAGCAGGCGCUAAUUUCCCUGAUAAAUUUUUCUGGUGCACCAUUGCAUCUUGGGAAUGGUUGUUGCAGAUGUUAUCGGUCUAAUCAUCAGGGGCGGAGCUACAUAGUGCUGAGCGUAGGCACUUGCCCCCACCUGAAUUUUUUAAAAUAUUUAGUAGUUUACACGUAUAAGUACGAGAUGUAU